GGCCCUGACAGGCUGUGGCUCUCAGGUCUGCUCCCGGGAAGCCCCCGCCUCCCUCAGGGAGCAGCCUGUUAAAAGAAGAUGAGGUCGUACAGCGCCCAGCCGUCCCUGCCCGGCCGCUGGGAAUGCCCACGGCCUAAGGGACUGGCCCUCGCCCAGCCAGCAUCCCGGGUCAGCGGCCUCGGCGCCAGCACGACUCCAGGUGGCCCGGCCCUCCGAGCUGACGGGUCCGGGGUCCUCCCCACCUCACCUCGGAUCUCCGGCGCUCGCCGGGCGGUAGCGGGCCAGCCGUAGGGUCCCUGGGGAGGGCCGCCCCGGGAGCCGGGCCCACCCGGCGGCCGCCCCGCGUGCCCCUCCCGUCACGGGACGGAGCCGCCCAUCGCUUGUCCCCGCUGCGCGCUCCUCGCGCUGCCCGCUGCCCGGCGGGCAGCCCCGAGGGCCAGGGCGGGCCUCGCGCGCGCCCUGCGGGCUCCCAGGCGGGCGCUGCAGCCGCGCAGCCCGGCGGCCCCUGCGGGAGCCGCGCUCCUCGGGGGCAGAGGGGGCGCGAGAGAGCAAGUGGGCGGGCGUCCUGCGCUCCGCAGCCUCCGCCCGGUCGUGGAGCGCAGGGUGCGAGCGCCGCGCGGCUCCGCGCUGCGCAUCGCGGCCCGCUCGCCGCCUGCCCCCGGCCGGGCUGGGCACCUCCCCGGGCUGCCGGCGGAGGGCUGCGAGGCGCUGGCGUUACGCUGUUUCCGGUUUUCUAGCGGGCUGUUUCCCCUCCCAAGGCGGCGGCGGAGCGGCGGAGCCCCCCAAAUGGCCUGGCCAGAUGCGGCAGGUUUGCUGCUCAGCGCUGCCGCCGCCGCCCCUGGAGAAGGCUCGGUGCAGCAGCCACAGCCACAGCAGCAGCGGCAGCGGCAGCGGCAGCAGCAGAGGCAGCGGGAGCGGCAGCAGCAGCAGCAGCAGCAGCAGCAGCCCCAGCCCCAGCAGCAGCAGCGCCUCCCGUCCCGCUGCGCCGCCCGAGCCGCGGCCGCCGCGACAGCCGCAGCCCCGCAGCCCCGCAGCCCCGAGAGCCGCAGCCGCCGGCGGCAUGAGGCGCGACCCGGCCCCCGGCUUCUCCAUGCUGCUCUUCGGUGUGUCGCUCGCCUGCUACUCGCCUAGCCUCAGGUCGGUGCAGGACCAGGCGUACCAGGCGCCCGUGGUGGUGGAGGGCAAGGUGCAGGGGCUGGUCCCGGCGGGCGGCCCCGGCCCCAACGGCACCCGCGAACCGCCCGCCGCGGGCCGCGUGGCGCUGGUGAGGGUGCUGGACAAGUGGCCGCUGCGCAGCGGGGGGCUGCAGCGCGAGCAGCUCAUCAGCGUGGGCUCCUGCGCGCCGCUGGAGAGGAACCAGCGCUACAUCUUUUUCCUGGAGCCCACCGAGCAGCCCUUAGUCUUCAAGACGGCCUUCGCCCCGCUCGACACCAACGGCAAAAACCUCAAGAAAGAGGUGGGCAAGAUCCUGUGCACCGACUGCGCCGCGCGGCCCAAGCUGAAGAAGAUGAAGAGCCAGACGGGACAGGUGGGCGAGAAGCAGUCACUGAAGUGUGAGGCAGCAGCGGGCAAUCCCCAGCCCUCCUACCGCUGGUUCAAGGAUGGCAAGGAGCUGAACCGCAGCCGUGACAUCCGCAUCAAGUAUGGCAACGGCAGAAAGAACUCGCGACUACAGUUCAACAAAGUGAAGGUGGAGGACGCUGGCGAGUAUGUCUGUGAGGCCGAGAACAUCCUGGGGAGGGACACGGUCCGGGGCCGGCUGCAUGUCAACAGCGUGAGCACCACUCUGUCGUCCUGGUCGGGGCACGCCCGGAAGUGCAACGAGACCGCCAAGUCCUAUUGUGUCAAUGGAGGCGUCUGCUACUACAUCGAGGGCAUCAACCAGCUCUCCUGCAAGUGUCCUGUGGGAUACACCGGGGACAGGUGUCAGCAGUUCGCAAUGGUCAACUUCUCCAAGCACCUUGGAUUUGAACUAAAGGAAGCCGAGGAGCUGUACCAGAAGAGAGUCCUGACUAUCACCGGCAUCUGCGUGGCUCUACUGGUCGUGGGCAUUGUCUGCGUGGUCGCCUACUGCAAGACCAAGAAACAAAGGAAGCAGAUGCAUAACCACCUCCGGCCGAACAUGUGCCCAGCCCACCAGAACCGGAGCUUGGCCAACGGGCCCAGCCACCCCCGGCUAGACCCUGAGGAGAUCCAGAUGGCAGAUUACAUCUCCAAGAAUGUGCCAGCCACAGACCACGUCAUCCGGAGGGAAACUGAGACCACCUUCUCUGGGAGCCACUCCUGUUCUCCUUCUCACCACUGCUCCACAGCCACGCCCACCUCCAGCCACAGGCAUGAAAGCCACACGUGGAGCCUGGAACGUUCUGAGAGCUUGACCUCUGACUCGCAGUCGGGCAUCAUGCUGUCAUCGGUGGGCACCAGCAAGUGCAACAGCCCCGCGUGUGUGGAGGCCCGGGCGCGGCGGGCGGCGGCCUCCGGCCUGGAGGAGAGGCGCAGGGCUGCCACGCCACCCUACCACGACUCCAUAGACUCCCUGCGGGACUCCCCACACAGCGAGAGGUACGUGUCGGCCCUGACCACGCCCGCGCGCCUCUCUCCCGUGGACUUCCACUACUCGCUGGCCACGCAGGUGCCGACGUUCGAGAUCACGUCCCCCAACUCGGCGCACGCCGUGUCGCUGCCGCCGGCCGCGCCCAUCAGCUACCGCUUGGCCGAGCAGCAGCCGCUCCUGCGGCACCCGGCGCCCCCCGGCCCGGGCCCCGGCGCAGACAUGCAGCGCAGCUACGACAGCUAUUACUACCCCGCGGCGGGGCCGGGGCCGCGGCGCGGGGCCUGCGCGCUGGGCGGCAGCCUGGGCAGCCUGCCCGCCAGCCCCUUCCGGAUCCCCGAGGACGACGAGUACGAGACGACGCAGGAGUGCGCGCCGCCGCCCCCGCCGCGCCCGCGCGCCCGCGGCGCGUCCCGCAGGACGUCGGCGGGGCCCCGGCGCUGGCGCCGCUCGCGCCUCAACGGGCUGGCGGCGCAGCGCGCACGCGCGGCGCGGGACUCGCUGUCGCUGAGCAGCGGCUCCGGGGGCGGUUCGGCCUCCGCCUCGGACGACGACGCGGACGAUGCGGACGGGGCGCUGGCGGCCGAGAGCACGCCUUUCCUCGGCCUGCGCGCGGCGCACGACGCGCUGCGCUCGGACUCGCCGCCGCUGUGCCCGGCGGCCGACAGCAGGACUUACUACUCCCUGGACAGCCACAGCACGCGGGCCGGCAGCAGACACAGCCGCGGGCCGCCGCCGCGGGCCCAGCAGGACUCGGCGCCCCUCUAGGGCCCCCGCCGCCCGCCGCCCCCGCCGCCUCGCCCGCCCCACUGUCCUUAAGGAGAACGGAGACCACCGGCUGGAGAGAGAGAAAGGAGGAAAAAAAGAAAUAAAAAUAUUUUUAUUUUCUAUAAAAGGAAAAAGGUAUAACAAAAUGUUUUAUUUUCAUUUUAGCAAAAAUUGUCUUAUAAUAUUAGCUAACGGCAAAGACGUUUUUAUAGGGAAACUAUUUAUAUGUAACAUCCUGAUUUACAGCUUCGGAAAAAAAAACAACAAAAAAAAAAGAAAGAUGGGCCAAUUUUUUGACUCUUUAAUAGAAACCUAUAUUGUGGUGCCUUCUGCUGUACGCUAAUCUGGGGCUCCUGGAGAGAAGUCUGGGUCGUGGGGUGGGGGUGGGGGAAAUGUAGGAUCCUGAGCUGGAGGGGGUGAGAGGAAGCCUGGAGAGAGGCCGUGGGGUUCUGCGGGGCGGGGCUGCGGUGAGGGAUUGGCCCGGAGGAAGGAAAACGGGAGGGGAGUAGCUUUACCCCCAGGCAAGAUCUUGAGCCCUGAACCCCCUGAGGAGAGGGCAGGGGAUCCUAGGCUUGGAGCUGGAGUUGGGUCAGGUACCUUUCAGGGGUAGACUGUUGCCCACCGACAGCAACCAGAAUGGGGAGGGGGGCCCCCGCUCCUUGCAGCUGCUAAGGGAGGGAGCUCUGACUAAGAGGUCUUCCCAGCAGCCCCGGCCCCAGGGAGGGGGCCGCUCUGCCAGGGCCCCAGUGUUCGCGGCUCCGCCUCCCCCAUGGCCGCCAGGAUGCCCCUCCGUCCUCUGCAGCACCUUCGUUUACAGGUCGUCUUUUCUAUUUUACGCCUGCAUGUCCUUUGCAUUUCAGAUUCUUUAGAUUGGAUGCAUGGUCACGCUGGGACCGAGAAGAGCCACUCCACAGUGUAUUUGAUUCCCCUUUUAGCAAUAAAAAACACCAUUUCCUUCUCACAGUUCCAACUCCAAGCCCCCAGCCUAUCUAUAACUUUCACGCCCUCUGCAGCCAUGUCCUCCCCAGCCCCCAAAACUGGGUCCACUGCUAAUUUGUCAAAAAGGUGAUUGUUUAAAAGAAAUCACAAACAAAUGGGAACCCUGCCCUGAAAUGUCCAAACACCUGACUGUUGACACUUGAACAUUUUUAUAUUAUAAAUAAAAUCAGAAAUAAUACGUGUUUGACUGUGUGUGCCUAGUCCCCAGAUGAGGAGGGAAGAGAGAGAAUGAGGACCUGGGGUGGUGAUGGAUGGGUGUCGGUGUGCAGGUUGGAGGUGGCCAGGACAGCUCCUGGGAGGAAGAGACCCUCCAAUCUCCACGGUUCAGUUCCUAGGACGGCCCAGCCCUCUCUCCCCUUCCAACAUCCACCAGGUGUCUCCCGUUGUUGCAGAGGUAUGUGGCCAAGGGGCUCAGGCAAAUUACUCUGCUUCCAGCUCAGCCUCAAAAGCCUGGCCCAGUUCCUGCCCUGGAGCUGCAGGGCAGACUGAGGCAACAGUUUCCAGGCCUAGGUGGGUGAAGAGGGAAGGGCUGUGGUGUUGGCACCAGGGUAGCUGAGGCAAGAUGACCCUUGGAGCCUCAAACAUGUCAAAGGCAAAGUCUGGACAUGUAGGAUGGCAUAAUGGGUACCUGUGGCUGCCAGGAGGACCACAGCUGCUGCAGCUUGUAAGCCCAUGGGGUGCUGCACUUUUCCCAAUUUUAUACCCCCUCAGAGCCAGGGCCUGUCUAAGCCUGCAGUUCCUGAUGAAGAGUACAGGAUUUCAGGCAUCAAUAAAGCAGAUGGAAGUCCAGGGUUAAGAAACCAUUCCCUUCACUGAUUAAUUUAUCAAACCAGUGCCCAGCGCCAGGAAUCAUUAGGUCCCAGCCAGACAUGAGGGGAGUCUUCUAUCAGAAGAGCUCAGGUGGCUAAGAUAUA